AUGCCUUUGAUACUGAUCUCCGGUUAUCCCUCCAGUGGCAAAACAACCAGAAGCCAUCAAAUCAUUAAUUAUUUCCAGCAAAAGAUUGCCACCUCCACAGAACCACGAGUCAAACGCUUGAAAAUCAUUCACAUCAACGAUGAUAAUCUCGGCCUGUCGCGAGAUGUCUACGCCGCAGCCCGACCCGAAAAAGAUGCCCGAGCGACAUUCUCCUCGGCCAUCAAACGUCACCUAUCUCAGGAUACAAUCGUCGUGGCAGAUGGCAUGAAUUACAUUAAAGGUUUCCGCUAUCAAUUGUAUUGUGAAGCAAAAGCCAUGCAAACGACGAAUUGCGUCGUGCAUGUUGGGACGCAAGCCGCGCAAUGCCGAGAGUGGAAUGAUAAUAAUCAAAAUCAAGAUUCCACUCCUUCUUACGCCCCGGAAGUUUUCGAGAAUUUGAUUUUCCGAUACGAGGAACCGAAUGGCAUGAGUCGAUGGGAUGCACCACUCUUUACACUUCCCGUGGAAGAUGCAGAGCCUCCGAAUGAGGCGAUUUGGGAGGCUCUGAUCGGGUCGGAUGGGAAGCAGAAAGUCGUGAGGCAGAAUCUUGCAACGGUCCUCAAGCCCGCCGCGGAGCAGGACUAUCUGUAUGAACUCGACAAGACGACAUCAGAUGUCAUUGGGUUGAUUACGGGCUGGCAGCAAGAUCAUUCCGGAGAGGGAGGCGGGGAGAUUCCCGUCCCGGAUUCCGAGCUGGUGAUAUCACUCCCUGUCAGCACUCCCUCUCUCCCACAAUUACAGAGAUUGAGGAGGCAAUUCAUCAAUUUGAAUCGUCAGCAUACGCUGGGGAAGAGUCGCAUCAGGGAUCUAUUCAUAGACUACCUGAAUGAUUCCUUUCAGAGCUGA